UGAUUCCAAGCUAUGUUUCAUACAAAGAGAACCAACACUUGUUCAUCAUUUUCCAUGUCAUAACCCAUUGAUGAUCAUUUUUUGACACCUUCUCCUUUGAUCUUUCUUCCAUGGCUGCGGCAAUUUCAGCACCACCCCUAUUGCAUGCCUCCUCAAAGAAGGCUUCUUCUGUGGCACCCCAUUUGAGUUUUGUCGGUGUUAAGAAGACCCAGUUGAGAUUUGAGUCCAAAAUCUCACCAAAAAGACUAGAAUGGAUUUGGAAAGGAAAAGAAGAGAAGUGGCAUAGCAAGAUAAAGAGAAAAUGGGGUGUAAAGUGCACCGCUGAGGGCAUAGAUGGGGGAAUGUUUGUGGGAGGAAGAGCUAGAAGAGAGGGUGUUGUUGUUAGCAUUCCAGAGAGGUUCAAGGUGGUGUGUUUGGUGGCAUGCGUGAUGUGCCUGUGUAAUGCUGAUCGUGUUGUCAUGUCUGUGGCUGUUGUUCCUCUCGCUGCCAAACAUGGGUGGUCCAAUUCUUUUCUCGGCAUUGUUCAGUCAUCUUUCUUGUGGGGUUACAUAUUCUCUUCAGUGAUUGGAGGAGCUUUGGUAGAUAGAUAUGGAGGAAAGAGGGUGAUGGCUUGGGGUGUGUUUUUGUGGUCUUUUGCAACUCUACUUACACCUUUGGCAGCCAACCACUCCACACUGAGCUUGUUGGCAAUUCGUGCUUUCUUUGGAUUAGCUGAGGGAGUGGCUCUUCCUUCCAUGAGCACUCUCUUAUCAAGGUGGUUUCCAACUAAUGAGAGAGCAAGUGCAGUUGGAAUUUCAAUGGCUGGAUUUCAUCUAGGCAAUGUGAUAGGCUUGUUGCUAACACCAAUUAUGUUGUCCACUAUUGGAAUUUCGGGUCCUUUUAUCUUAUUCUCAUCUCUUGGAUUGCUUUGGGUGAUGACAUGGGCCUAUCGAGUUACAGAUGAUCCUAUGGAAAGUAAUUUCAUCAGCAGAUCAGAACAAAGAUUAAUCCAAGCUGGAAAAACUUGUUCUCCCAAAAAGAGUAGCAAUUUUCCUCCCCUAGGCCUUCUAUUAUCAAAAUUACCAUCAUGGGCUAUAAUAUUUGCCAAUGCAACCAACAACUGGGGAUACUUUGUUCUCCUCUCAUGGAUGCCAGUUUAUUUCAAAAGCGUAUAUAAUGUGAACUUGAAGCAGGCAGCUUGGUUCAGUGCAGUUCCUUGGGGCACAAUGGCUAUUUCAGGUUAUCUAGCUGGUGCUGCAUCAGACUUCUUAAUCAACACAGGGUACCCGACAACAUUUGUCCGAAAGUUCAUGCAGACCAUUGGAUUCAUUGGACCAGCACUGACCUUGCUGUGCUUGAAUUAUGCCAAUACACCCACAAUUGCUGCUACACUUUUGACUGCAGCUUUGAGCCUAAGUUCUUUCAGCCAGGCUGGCUUUAUGCUGAACAUACAAGACAUUGCUCCUCAAUAUGCGGGAAUUCUUCAUGGAAUCUCAAAUUCAGCUGGAACGUUAGCAGCUAUUAUAAGCACAAUUGGAACUGGUUAUUUUGUACAAUGGCUGGGAUCAUUUCAGGCAUUCUUAACUGUAACAGCUGCUCUCUAUUUUGUGACAACCAUUUUUUGGAAUCUUUUUGCCACAGGCGAGCAAGUUUUGUGAACUUUUCCCAACAAAAAAUUCCUCCCACCUUGCUUUCAUAUUGGUCAUCUACAAGGGAAAUUAUAAAUCCCAAAAUCUGGGUUAUA